CAAGGAUCAUGAUUGUUUUGCCAGCGACAUCGCCAUCGGUGCAGUUCUCCUACCGGAUUUCGGCGACGGAUUACAGCCGGUCGCCUACGAAUCACGGAAGCUGCAGGGCGCGGAAAAAAAUUAUACGGUACACGACAAAGGAAAUGCUGGCGAUCGUCCACGCGUUCAAGACCUGGCGGUGCUACCUGACAGGCGCUGACGUCAUUGUGCGGACCGACCACAAAUCCCUCCAGUACCUGCGAGCCCAAACGAAUCUCAACCCGCGACAGAUCCGAUGGCUCGAUUUCCUCGAGUUGAAUUUCCACUACACCAUCACCCACAAACGGGGCGCCAACAAUAUCACUGAUGCCCUGACUCGACCCACUGCCCAUACAGCCGCCAUACUAGUCGCCCAGACCAGCCCACUGUUUACCGGACUAUUUACCAACGGCUACAAAAUCGACCCCUUCUUCCGCUCUGCUAUUCAUCAACAGCAUACCACCGCCACCGGACACUAUUUUAAUAAGCGCGACACUUUCCGCAUCUAGGUGCCCGGCUACGAUUUACUU